AUGGGAUCCAAGCAAUUCUCCUUCGUCAACAUCUCACACCCAGAAGAGAGUCGGAGCCGCCACAACCUAACCUACGUUCGUCGCCAUGUCAUGGCAGACGUCGGUCGUUUGAAGCGCAAAAAGCCCAGAUAUAAGAUUAUUCCCCUUCAAAUUGCUCCCAAGGAAGAUGCACCUGGGACAAAACCAGUGAAGAUUGAGGCGGCCGAGUCAGCUCCUCUUGGGAGAAUGCCGCCAUCCUUUCAAACCCAUCUCGUUGACACGAAUGCUCGUGCCUGCGAACUUAUCAGCUUCAUCGCUGCUGAGGCCGAAUAUGUAUAUCGACCGUUCCGCAUGUCAUGGGUUCAGAUUGGCCUCUCAGAUGCAGCCGCGUUUGAUCUAUGGCUUGCACAAGUCAUUGUGAUUCGAGAUCGCGCUGCGCAUGAAAAUCUUACCGCUUGCCCCCGUAUGGAGUAUUUACACAACCCCGAAGCGAAUAAGUACUACAGUAGAUCACUCAAACAGCUAUCCCAUCGACUGAGUAGUCGCGAAGAGUGUACACGCGUGGGAAACUGGGAUCGGUAUUCCAUGCAUAUGAAUGGUUUGGAGCGAAUAUAUCAUCUUCGCAACGGGUUUGAUGAAUUAGACAAGGAGUUUUCAUUAAUGGCGUUUUUUGUUGAUUUAAUGGGCGCUUCCAUGCUCGAUCGCUAUCCUCGAUUCCCUAUUCCGAAGCACUGCGUCAUUCCUUCGGAAAUGAAUUACGAAAGCGACAUAUCAGAUACGUUGCAAGUUUUACUCAGCGAUGCCAAAACCAUGGAACCUCAAGGAGAGCGGAUAUACGCUAUGCUCAGAGUAACAGCAUCAGUCGUCGCGAUGGCCAACCGGAACGCCAACGACCCCCUAUUCUGGACCCAUGACGCGGCUCUGGCCGAGAAAUUGGGCUCUGCGAGUCACUUUAUACUAUCAGUACCUAAAUCUCCACAAGACGAUCUGCAUACAGACUAUCCUGUCUUCAUUGUGCAGAGAAUGGUACAGCUCGCGUGCUUGAUGGUCAUGUCGAAGCUGAAGCAAUUGGCGUCUUUCCACUGGGACGAUAUAGACCCCCUUGGAGACCGACUUGGCAAACUGCGAGUCCCUUAUUACGAGGUUCCUGUACACCUCCAAAAAAUACGUCUCUGGGCGGUUGUGACGGCUUGCUCAUUGAUGGAUCCCGAAGCACAAGUCGCGUUUCGUAUCGAAUUGAGGCAGUCAAUAAGAGCACUUGGCUAUUACACCGCCGAGGAGGCAAUUGAAUAUGUCAAAAGUCUUCUUUGGCUUGAAAACGUGGACGUAAUUGCAGCAGAGAGCCUAUACGGAUGUUGUAACCCGUAA